CUUUCGUGACUCCUCCCUCCUUUCCGUCCCGUGACACGCUCGCCUUUACUCUUCGAGCACAUUCGUUAUGGCCAACACAACCAUCAGCGGUGCAAAGGCAAUUCAUGGACAGAACCCACAGUACCUUGUAGAAACCGUGAUUCGGAAUCGUAUCUACGAGUCGAACUACUGGAAAGAACACUGCUUCGCCUUGACGGCUGAAAGUAUCAUCGACAAAUCUAUUGAACUCAAGUGCAUUGGUGGGGUCUAUGGGAAUCAAAGACCGACUGAAUUUAUGUGUCUUCUUCUCAAACUCCUUCAGAUUCAGCCUGAGAAGGAAAUCUUGGUUGAGUAUCUACAAGCAGACGAGUUCAAAUAUCUCAGAGCACUUGCAGCCAUGUAUAUACGGAUGACCUUUCGAUCAGCUGAAGUCUACGAUAUUCUGGAGCCUCUUUUAAAGGAUUACCGAAAAUUACGACUGAGAAAUAUGGCCGGCUAUUCCCUUACAUUCAUGGACGAAUUUGUGGAUUCGCUGUUAACGGAGGAACGUGCUUGCGAUAUCAUAUUGCCUCGCUUAACCAAACGGCAGGUCUUAGAGGAAAACGGUGACAUUGGCCCACGAAAAAGUCGGUUACUCGACGCGUUGGAAGGUCGGAGUGACGACGGCAGUUACAGAGGAAGAAGCAGAAGCCGUAGUGGGAGUCUGAGUCGAAAUAGGAGUGUCGAACGGGAAACGAGCACGGAACAAAACCCUAGUCUACGCCGAAGUCCAAGUCCAAUUGUCUCAGGAUAUAUCUCUCGCAGCCCUUCAAGGUCGCGUUCUUCUUCAAUAGCAUCCUAUCGGUCUCGAAGUCGCAGUAUAUCUCCGGAUCGGAUGGUGUCCUGAUUACAGGAGUUUUCCCUUUAGUGUACACUGUAACCGGACUGUAAGCUAGGUCGCUCCGUUGCUAUUGCACUUGAUCUGGUAUCCUUACGUUAAGAGCUUCUAGUCCAGCUU